AUGGUUCGUGACCAGGAUAUGGGUUGGGACCAUCGUUACUACGACAGCUAUCGGCCAGCUGCAGAAGGUGAGACUUCCUCAGAAGACCGAUCAUCAACCAUUGCUACGGAAUCAAAGGCGGUUCGACAUCAUUCUAAUAAGAUCUGGCACCGGGCCGAAUAUUCUAGCAACACAACACCACGAGAUGACGCGUCGUUGGCUCUGAAGUUUUCACGCGGCCAAUCUGAUGAUCACAGUGCCGCUGCUGCUUCUGUCCCCAACGAAAAAUCACCAUCCACUGGCCACGAUCCGAAACAGCUAAUCCAAAUGCCCACGAAAGAACGCAAAGACACGAGCAUGCCUGACACAGCACCGUCGCGACGCUCAUCUCGGACUGUCAACCCUGACAGGAGGAACGCAUCUGAGGCCCAAAGCCGUGGGUUCUACGGUUCUUCUCCCCCACCCUCAAAUGUGUUACGCCUCGGUGGAUACGAACUGAAACGCCCUCUCGAUGAUGAGGCUAUUGACCGCUCUAUCAAGCGCCGUCGUGGUACAGAGGAGGAGGAGGAGGAGGCUAUUAGAACAUCAGACAAUUACAGACCGCCUCCGAGGUAUUGGUGCAAGAACUAUAUGUGUAUGGAAGAUCACGCAUACUCAGACUGUGAUAAGCCAAUGAUAUGCUGGGGCUGCCGUUCAAUCAGCCACUAUUGGUCCCGCUGCCCCAUGACCUGCACUCGCUGUGGGGAAGAGCGUCACACCGCAAAGUACUGUGAGGACUUUGAGCUCACCCAGAGUGGAAAGUCGCGGCCUCGCGCCUGCAAUCCGCAUCCGCCCACUGAGCCAGCUUCUUACCGUGCACGAAAAGAAUUAUUAGAGCAUGCGCAUGGGAAAGAUUCUCUACCAAAGAAGCCUGUGAAUAUUGUGUUGCCCAGCAGAGACGGACCAGAGGUUCGGCAGGCCUCUCGCAACGUCUUCGAUCCUAGGUCCGGUCCCCGUCAGGACUCACAGCCACAGAAGUCUGCGCCUGUAGAGGAAUGCGUGUCUGAAACCACAACUGACCGAGACUUGCAACGUCUUCGGCAUACCCCCAUACCAGGCUCAAGUCUACAGGGACGUAUGAGUACAACAAGCACCUCCGAACAGCUCACAAUUUUGACACAAGCGCGCGGAAAAACGUUCACUCCUCCAUCGACUCAACCCAAUAUAUCACCACGAGAUCCACGACUAAAGCGAGGCUCGGCUUUGACACCACUUGUAUCGCCUCUCCAAUCCUUGCGAAUGUCGCUAGAGCCUAGCGAAGUUUUAUCAGUUGAACCUCAGAUGCUUGGAGAGCCACCUUCCAACCCGUCUCAACAUAGGCCGCAUGGAGUCGGUGCCACUCCUUCGCAGGCUUCCGUCCGGCAAGAAGAGCACCACUCACACUCUUCUAGCCAGAGAGAAGCGUAUGUUCCACCAGCCUCCGGCGGGAAAAAGGAGGGCGUACCGCAGGCUUCUGGCCAGAAAGACAACCACCAUUCGCCGGCGCAUACUCAAAACGAAGAUCGCCCCUCACAGGCUCCCAACCAAAUAGACCACCGCUCUUCACAGGCUCCUACCCGCAUCGAAGACCACCCUACACCGGUUUCCGACCCGAACGAGCACUCGGCAGAUCACAGUCUCGAGACUAUCGAAGCUCGUAUGAAGGCAUUCGAAGAGGAAGAGCGUGUCAGGCAGAAGCAGCACGAGGAGGAAUUGGCCCAGAAGAAGCGCCAACAGAGGCAGGAGUUUGAGCACGAAUUGGAGGAAAAAAUCAACCAGAAGAAGCGGGAUGCGGACCUGGCGAGGAGAGCAGCCGUUCAAAAGCAGGAAGAGGAGCACGAAGAACGACUGGCCGAGCUGCGCCGGCGCUGA